AUGGAAGGAGCAUUCAUUCUCAACCUAACCCUACUUGUCUUCAUCUAUGCUACCAGAGACAAGUACUUGUGUCUAGAGACUGCUACUAUCUAUGAGUCUAACCCCACUUUGCUGCCAUCAAAAAUGUUGAAAAUUAGAAAUGUUUUAAAUUUCGCCGAAAAAUGCUCCACCAGAACCAGGCUGUUGUCUUCUGGAGCUCCCCAGAUUGCGCCUGCCAUAGAUGAACCAGGUCCCAAAGAAUCAGUAAAGACCGAAGUUUUAAAGCAUCCUGAUUACUUCAGUGUCCGUGAUAUAUUUACAGUUAAAGAUCUUUUCGAUGCUCGAGUCCACUACGGACAUCGAGAGGGAUCGCUUGAGAGCAGAAUGUUGCCCUACAUCUAUGGAUCCAGAUUGGGGCACAUCGUGUUCGACCUGGACAAGACGGCGCAAUAUCUGCGACAGGCCCUGAAUAUAACAGCGCAUAUCGCUUACCGGGACGGAAUAGUGUUGUUUUUCAUGAGACAGCCCCAGAACGCACAUCUCGUUGAAACAUGUGCGAAAGAAUGUGGAGAGUUUGCCCACACAAGAUUUUGGAGAGGAGGCAUAUUCACCAAUGCAGAAAAGCAGUUUGGAGCAGUGACUCGUUUGCCAGAUUUGUGCAUAUUUUUCAACACACUGACCACGAUUCUAUCUCAGCACACUGCAGUGAGAGAUUCUGCCAAAAUGGGCAUCCCAACGAUUGGCAUCGUAGAUUCUAAUUGUAACCCGAAUCUCAUUACCUAUCCGGUGCCAGGAAACGACGAUUCGCCAGCAGCUAUCGAAUUUUACUGCAGAGUAUUCAAAGAAGCCAUUCUUCGAGGGAAGACUAAGCGAAAGGAACAUGAAGCUUUGUAAUUCUACUUUUGCAACAUUUUCUUUAUAAUUUAAGUAAAAUUUUUAUUAAAUUUC